AUGUGGAUACUAUUUACUAUUCCUAUUGUUGGAAUGGGCGGCCUGGGUAAGACAACACUUGCUAAAGCGGUUUACAAUGAUGCAAAGGUUUCUGAGGCAUUUAAAGCGGACCAUUUUGGUUUGAAAGCUUGGUAUUGUGUUUCUGAGGCAUAUGAUGCUUUGAGAAUAACAAAAGGGUUACUUCAAGAAAUUGACUCAUUUGACUCGAAGGAUGACAACAAUCUUAAUCAGCUUCAAGUCAAAUUGAAGGAAAGCUUAAAGGGAAAGAAGUUUCUUAUUGUUCUGGAUGAUGUCUGGAAUGACAACUACAAUGAGUGGGAUGACUUAAGAAAUCUUUUUGUAGAAGGACGUAUGGGAAGUAAGAUCAUUGUGACAACACGUAAAGAGAGUGUUGCCUUGAUGAUGGCAAAUGAGAAAAUUAGCAUGGACAAUUUGUCUACUGAAGACUCUUGGUCUUUAUUUAAAAGACAUGCAUUUGAAAACAUGGAUCCUAUGGGACAUCUGGAACUUGAAGAGGUCGGAAAACAAAUUGCAGCUAAGUGCAAAGGACUGCCCUUAGCUCUGAAGACACUAGCUGGCAUGUUACGCUCCAAAUCAGAGGUUGAAGAGUGGAAACGUAUUCUGAGAAGUGAAAUAUGGGAGCUGCGAGACAAGGACAUAUUACCAGCGUUGAUGUUGAGCUACAAUGAUCUUCCCGCACAUUUAAAGCGAUGUUUUUCCUUUUGUGCAAUAUUUCCUAAAGAUUAUCCAUUUAGGAAAGAACAAGUUAUUCAUCUAUGGAUUGCCAAUGGUCUCGUACCAAAGGAAGAUGAAAUAAUUGAAGAUUCAGGCAACCAAUACUUUCUGGAGUUGAGAUCAAGAUCAUUAUUAGAAAAGGUCCCAAAUCCUUCUAAAAGGAACAUAGAGGAAUCAUUCUUAAUGCAUGACCUUGUCAAUGAUUUAGCCCAAAUUGCAUCUUCAAAACUUUGUAUCAGGUUGGAAGAGAGCCAAGGAUCUCACAUGUUGGGAAAAAGUCGGCACUUGUCUUAUUCAAUGGGAUAUAGUGGUGACUUUGAGAAAUUGACACCCCUCUACAAAUUGGAGCAGCUGAGGACAUUGCUUCCGGUAUGUAAUGAUGUCAGUUAUUACUCUCUGUGCAAGAGGGUGUUGCAUAACAUACUGCCAAGACUAACAUCCUUAAGGGCAUUAUCAUUGUCUCAUUAUUGUAUUAAGGAGUUGCCAAAUGACUUGUUUAUCAAAUUAAAGCUCCUCAGAUUUUUGGAUGUUUCUCAGACAGAGAUUAAAAGGUUGCCAGAUUCCAUUUAUUCCAUAUGUGCAUUGUAUAACUUAGAGACACUUCUCUUGUCAUCUUGUGAUUAUCUUGAGGAGCUACCGCUGCAGAUGGAGAAGUUGAUUAACUUGCGUCAUCUUGACAUAAGCAACACUCGUCUCUUGAAGAUGCCGCUACAUCUGAGCAAGUUGAAAAGCCUCCGAGUGCUAGUGGGAGCCAAGUUUCUUGUUGGUGGUUCAAGAAUGGAAGAUUUGGGUGAAGCACAUAACUUGUAUGGAUCUCUAUCAGUUGUAGAGUUGCAAAAUGUGGUUGAUAGAAGGGAAGCUGUGAAGGCAAAGAUGAGGGAGAAGAAUCAUGUUGACAAGUUAUCUUUGGAGUGGAGUGAAAGUAGUAGUGCCGACAAUUCGCAAACUGAAAGAGACAUACUUGAUGAGCUACGCCCACAUAAAAACAUAAAAGAAGUCAAAAUCAUCGGAUAUAGAGGGACAACAUUUUCGAAUUGGCUAGCUGAUCCUUUGUUUCUUAAGCUAGAACAGUUUUCUAUUGAUAACUGCAAGAACUGUUUUUCCUUGCCAGCACUAGGACAGCUUCCUUGUUUGAAAAUCCUUUCCAUUAGAGGGAUGCAUGGAAUAACAGAGGUGACGGAAGAAUUCUAUGGCAGUUUGUCCUCUAAAAAGCCUUUUAACUGUCUUGAGGAACUUAUAUUUGAAGAUAUGGCGGAGUGGAAGCAAUGGCACGUACUAGGAAGUGGAGAGUUCCCUAUACUUGAGAAGGUUGAAAUUAAAAAUUGCCCUGAACUCAGUUUGGAGACAGUACCCAUCCAACUUUCAAGUUUAAAAAGUUUUGAAGUAAUUGGUUCUCCCACGGUUGGAGUUGUUUUUGAGGGAAUGAAGCAGAUUGAGGAAUUAUAUAUUGGUGAUUGUAACUCUCUUGCCUUCUUUCCUUUUAGCAUACUGCCCACUACCUUGAAGAGAAUAACGAUAUCUCGUUGCCAGAAAUUGAAAUUGGAGGUGCCAGUUGGUGAGAUGAGUAUGUUUCUCGAGGAAUUGACACUGAAUGAAUGUGAUUGUAUAGAUGUUAUAUCACCUGAGUUACUCCCAAGAGCACGCAGAUUGAAUGUAUAUAAUUGCCACAACCUUACUAGGUUUUUGAUUCCUACUGCCACUGAAAAUCUCUUUAUUUGGGGAUGUAAGAAUGUUGAAAUACUUUCGGUGGCAUGUGGGGGGACCCAGAUGACGUCACUGAGUAUUGGGUACUGUUCAAAACUGAAGUGUCUGCCAGAACGUAUGCAGGAACUCCUUCCAUCUCUUAAGCAACUGCAACUGAGUAAUUGUCCAGAAAUAGAGUCCUUUCCUGAAGGAGGAUUGCCCUUCAAUUUACAACUCCUUCAUAUCAGCGAGUGUGAGAAACUGGUGAACGGCCGAAAGGAGUGGCAUUUACAGAGACUCCCCUGUCUAAGAAAGUUAGUGAUCUCUCAUGAUGGGAGUGACGAAGAGAUUGUUGGUGGUGAGAAUUGGGAGUUGCCUUCCUCUAUUCAAUCACUUUAUAUAGACAAUGUGAAAACAUUAAGCGGCCAACAUCUCAAAAGCCUCACCUCUCUUCAACAUCUUUAUAUUAUGGGUAAUUUACCUCAAAUUCAGUCAAUGCUGGAACAAGGCCAGUUUUCGCACCUCACUUCGCUUCAAGGUCUACACAUCUGGAAUUUCCCUAAUCUCCAAUCACUUCCUGAAUCAGCACUGCCCUCCUCCCUCUCUCAGCUGGAGAUCUCCCAAUGCCCAUCACUCAGACCACUACUAGAAUUUGACAAGGGGGAAUACUGGCCAAAUAUUGCUCAAUUUCCUACCAUAAAGAUCGAUGGGGAAUGGCUGUGAUGAUUAAAACGAAUGGCUCUUCAACUGAUAUGUGGAUUUUGAAGGGUGAGUACGACAAGCCUGGCCCAUCCAUUGUCCACAAGAAGUGCUUCUAAGUGAACUCAGGUCUGCUGUUAUAGGCAAGUCUUUGAGAUGCGGCUAUCAAAGAAGGGCGAUUAAAAUCAUUGUACCACUGAUACUAUUUCAUGUUUCCAGUGCAAGCCUCUUUUGUAUUUGUAAAUAUGUUUGGGACUCAACUAGUGGUUAGAGUACUGAUUUUGUAAGAUUUGUGUACGGAAAAUCAAAUUAGAAAGAUAACUCGCGAUGAUUGAAUAAGCUCGAAGAAGUGAAUUUGAAUUUCAAAUCGUGUCUUUUUUUUGUGUGUGAGAAAUUUGAAGUGUUGUUUUGAUUUGUUGGAAUAGCCUAAAGAGAUUCUCUCUAUAAAAUUUGAAGUCAUUUGAUGGA